GUGUCAAUUAGAAAUAGCCUACCCUCAAAUGGGUGAGCAAGUGCUUUUCAGGCUCUCGGGAGGGUAUCGUUCCGUCGUGCUGUUUGGCGCAAGAGCUUCCCGGACGAACUUACCCACUAACACUGCCGGAGUUUUUUUAUUAGAUUAUUUACACUCGUACAGCGUCAGUAGGUCGGAUCGCUAUUGUUUGGUGUGGAGGGCGAGAUGUCCCAGCUUUCGCCGUCUCGUUACCCUCACAUCCGAUGUAUAGUGUCCAGACUAGGCGACCCAGCUCAGCACAUCUCUCUAGCCAAAAAACGACAACAGAGUUGACCGAAAAUUUGUCACACUUAGCCAAAACUGCGCACAGGAAGUCCGUACGGACGCCUCGUCUCGAAUCACCCCAGACCGUGUCAGAUCGCGUACAACUCCGUGUACACGCUUACAGCGCUACUGGAGCGCCACGAAGUGAACGAGCCAACACUGUAUACCACCGAUCCUAGACCCGUCCGUAAAGACGAGGCCAAACCGAUGAACGUCGAUCAUUGUUCUAGGGACGCAGCUAAGUAGAGGUGCGACCAUGCACACAACCUGCCGAUGACCGUAAGAUGUCCAGGACGAGUGCGAGGCGAUGUUGUAUAAAUCCACGGUUCCUCUUAGAGGAAGCUCGGAAAAUCUAUCCGACUGGCGAACAAAUAAAAAGACGUGGGCUGAGAAAAUUGAGUAUAUGUACAAAUCUAACCAUGGAUGCGAUAUCAGCGUAAAAAUUGUAAAUGGAAAAUCCGAAACGUGGUUCAAAGCCCACCGGUUUAUUUUGGGUGCGUCCAGCGAGGUUUUGGAGAGUGUAAUGAAGACCGAGGUCUUCAAGAUUCCAGGUGAAGCUACGAUCGUCUUCACAAACAUAAAUCCAGAUUCUUUCAAGAUCUUUUUAGACUUCAUCUACACAGGAGAAGGUGCACCGUCAACGAGUCAACAAGCUAUCGAGUUGCACAGAAUUGCCGAUAAGCUGUGGGUUCCCGAAUUGAAAGAAGUAAGCAGCGCUUACAUCGAAGACAAGGUGAACGCGUCGAACGUCAUGGAAACUUACGUCUUUGCGGACGUAUACAAGAAAGAUGAGUUAAAACGUCGUUGCAUUGAGAUAAUUCAAAACGAGACGAAGGAGGUAAUCAACGAUGUAAAUGUAACCAAUUUCAGCCCCCAAUUUCUCGUCGUAAUUUUAGACCAACCUGCACUAUCUAUAAAAGAAUGUGAACUCUUCAGAUUGGUGGUCAAAUGGUUCAGCUCUUAUCGAGAAACGGACGUAUGUGCCAAAGCUUGUGUACACAAUCCGACUGACGAUAUGAAUAAAAGACUGGAGCACUGUCUAAUGUCGAGAUUCCGUUUCAUGAGUAUGUCGGCCGAUGAGUUUUUGGAAGGUCCUAUGAGGGCUGGCAUGUUGUCUAAGAAGGACGAGCUUGCCAUUCUGGGCCACAUCGCUUCGAAAACUUGCAAGUUACCCUACCCGGUCUGCUUCAAUCGCAACCCUCGAACGAAUUUAGAGGACAAUAAGAAGAAGAAAGAGAACAACCAAAAUAUAGAAGUGAGAGAAGUAACUCCGGACACAACUUCACCGGUAGAUCCUUCCGACAAAGGAGAGACCGAUGGGAAGAGACUGCGAAAGUCAAAAUCGUCCGUGGUGAUCCGUGAACCGGAACAGCAAAAACAGGAUAAAUCACAGAACAGCGAUUCGGAUAAAGACGACAAUUCAGAGGAAUCCUUCCACGCCAAAUCUCAAAAGACCGACAGCGUUUACCGCGUUGAUAAAGAUGGAAGUACGCCGCCUCCGACGAUAGGAGUUCAACAGGUAUCCUCAGUCGUCCCGGGAUAUCUGAACCAAAUAGUUUCAGAACGAACAAAACCAACUAAACCCAGAAGGUCUAAACGUACAUCCGCUACUUCUAACAAAAAUGCCUCUAACAAAUAAAACAUAUAAC